CGCCGUUCCAGAUGGGAAUUCAGCCAUGCCUGCCACUGAGCGCUUUGUACCCCUGAAGAACGGAUCAGGCUAUGACGCAGGAAAUUUUUCGGGCGGAGAUUGAACGCACUUGUCUUGCUACGCCAGUGACCGCGACCAGACCGCGAUACGUGAAGAUUGCGACCGUUCACGAUACCUAUACCCUGUAUUUUUAGUCUCUCUGGGCCUGUUUCCUGCAACUCUGGCGUACUAGGUCUCUUAUCUGAUCCUAAAAGGGCUCCAGCAGCCGUCUGAUAUACAGUAGUCAACGCUUUGACGCGUUCUAAUAUUCAUGAACAAAAAUCCUUUUAUUCCGCAGCCAUCGUACACGCCCCAGCAACCUCCGUUACCUCCAGGACCACCACCACCCCAGCCAGCACAGGCUGACUAUUCUGCCUACUGGGCUGCUGCUUCGGCGCAAGCACAGCAGCAGCAUGGCCAGGCAGCUGCAGCUCAGUACAACCCACAAUGGCCGGCCGCGCAACCACCGCGUCCACCUGCAGAGCAGAGCGCCCUCUACGCAAAUUAUGGCUACGGACCUCAACAAAACCAUUGGCAAAGGCAGCAGCAGUUUCAUCAUCCACCACCACCUCCAGUAGCUCAGCCGCCUCCUCCGCCUCCCGGUUAUAAUCCAUAUCAACCAGCAGUUGGUUACACCCCUUACCUUCCUCAGGUUACUCCCAUGGCUCAGGCAUAUCCUAUGCAGCAGCCCCAGCAGCAGCCUGGCCAGCAGAUGUUUCCCUUGCAGAUUCCCCAGCAGCAAAAUCGUAAUGUUCAUCAUCCAUCUCCGCAACAUCUCCCUCCGGCCAAACGCCAGCGCUUCGACGGUCCCAGCCAAAUCCCACAGCACCGGCCCCAACCGCCACCUCCUCCACAGUUUCAACCACCACCUGCUCCUAGUCAAGGAAUGGCGAUGGGAUAUAAUCAGGCUGCUAUUGGAGGCCGUGGUGGUGGGCCCAUGAACGGGAAUUCUAUGACGAUGGGUCGUGGCGGCGGUAGCUCAAACAGAGGCGGAGGAACUGGCGGCGGUAGAGGUAGGGGCCAGCCUGGAGGAAACCGAGGAGGAAUGGGGGGUCGAGGACGAAGUGGAAGCGGAUAUGUUGGCGGCAGCGGCGGAGGAAGGGGCUCUUUAAGGGGCCAUGGAUCAAGAGGGAAUUUUGGCGGUGGUAACAACCGCAGGGGCGGCGGGUCGUUCAACCUAAGUUCUGGAAGCUAUUCACAUCAGCCUUCUAACUUUCGUGGCCGUGGUCAAGGACACUCAAACAGAGGAGGUCGUCAUGAUGGUGCUUUUGGGACCAGAGAGGGUUCGAUGUCAUCUAGCUUUGGGAGCAUCGGUAAAAAAGAUGAGAACAAAAGGACGCUUACGGACUUCAGGAUUAUCGGCCUGGAGAUUCCAGAGUUGUCAUGGACUUGGGGUACCUUGCCUUCUUCGUUAGCUGCGAAAGUAGAGCCAGCGAAACCCGAAAUUGAGGAAGAUGUACUGGAUGAGCAUCCUGUUGGCGUAGAGGCAAACACGCCGGUAGCGGAGGGUACGCCUGUGAAACCUCCUGAGGGUGAACCGAUGUCUGGGGGAGAUCACGAGAAGCCCUCCAACGAGGACGAUACGAACGCGGUUUCAGGGCCCAGUAUUCCUGUGGUAAAGGAUGAGGACGAAACAGUCACUCAUACACAUGGUCCUGAUCCUGUUGAUUCACCUCCUUCCAGAAUUCGGAUCUAUUUCCACACACCUGUUACUGCGGAAGAUGCGCAACCCAUUCCCCAUAGUUCUACUACUAAUUCCGCACCUUCCGAUUCGAGGAGAGGUAAACGGAAGAAGUUGGAGGAUGAUGAUAUGGACCUAGAGGAGGGCAGAACGCAGCCACCACCUCCACACAUGAACGAUGAUAGAUCAAGUGUUGCACCAAGUGUUGCAGAGACGGCAAGCGAAACUGACUGGCUUAUGGCCGCCAUUGUCGAAGGUGAGGAUGCAGAACAUGACGGGGAUGAGGAAGAAGUUGGCGCUCAGCUCCAUGUGAGCGAAAACACUGAAUUUCCUGAGGACGACGUUGUCGUCCAGGAUGGUAUAUCUGACGCCCAUGGCAUUUUUGAUGUUGAUAUGGCAGGUGUUGAUAAGACGCAUAAUGAGGCUGGGACUGGGAGUCAUAACGACGAACCCAAUGAUGUAGCGGAGCAUGUUGCUUCGGCGCAUGUCGAUGGUCCCGAGUCUGCCGUCUCUGCUCCUGUCGAGCAAGAGGAUGGGCGAAAUGGUGUGAAUGGCUCAUCGAUGAGCACUAAAGAUGUUGACGCUAAAGUGUUACCUUCUGAUAAUGAAGGCAAGCCUCAGGAUGCCUCUGAUGUUGUCGCGCUGCCUGAGGUCCCUGUUUUAUCCUCUCUUUCAUCAUCAGAUGAUGCUGCUUCGUCUGUUAACGUGUCUGUAUCUGAUACUAUCUCUUCCGUAUCUCUUCCUCACCCAAUCCUCUUUCUUGCUUACAGUGAGACGCAGACUGCUGAUCAUGUUGGAUGUGCUGAAACGCAGGUCUCCGAGUCGCAAGCCACCUCGGUCAAGGAAGAGUCGCAAAUGACCCCUCUGUCAAGGUCCACAACAUUGGUAGAUAUCGACUCCCAACCACCUGGAUUGAACUCCUCUGCAGCGUCUUUGACGGAUGGAAAUGGAGAGCCUAUGCGGACUACCGAUGCUCAUCUGGAUCAUCUACCAGAACCCCCUGCUUCACCCUUGUCGAACAUGCAAUCUGCUUCUACUUCAACAGCAUCUGCACACGGUGAUACUAUAUCGAGUACAGAAGCGAAAUCUGCGAGGACUCCUUCUGCUAAUCGCCUAUCCAUAUCAUAUUCCAAUGGUGGGAGACGUCUCAUCAUCGAUGCAGAAGUGGUAGACUCGGUGAAAAUCUACCGUGCUGAGGGGCGCAUUGAAGUACGCAUAUCUGUAAGCAUGGAUGGUGACAAGGAUCUGAAGGGCAUCAUUCUUGAAGGUCUUUCGGAUUAUACACAUUCUUAUGUGCCUCUCUCAUUUUCUGUCGAAACCGUGGAAUCCGAUCCGACGUUGCCUCCGUUUACCAAAUCCGAGCUGCCUGCAAGUGUCACGUUGAUUGCAUAUCUCGAUACCACAAGGCCUCUUUCUGAGCCGAAAUGGGUGAAGACGGGAGAUAUCCAGGAUUGGCUGAGAAGUAUGUUUGGACGAAUGUUCUGGGUAGCGGGAGAUGCAGCAGAAGGCUGGGAGAAAAAGAUCGCGAUUGUUGAUCCUGAUCCUCCUCCGACCAUCCGCAAUGUACUCGAUGGAUGGGCCGUGAAUUCUCCUGUCGGCGCACAAAAUGAGCGAGAACGUUUUGUGAAGACGCACAUGACUGAAAUGGAUAAUCUCUUGGAGAUCCUGUUGCGUCUGGUGCGAGGAGAGCGAGCUACUCCGUUCCUUUCCGGGCCCACCAUAUCUACGCCUAGCAUCGUCGGGCCUCUGUUAUCGGCGCUCUCGCCUGACUCUGCCCAUAGUGGACAACAGACACACGUUUCACUUGCUGUGUUAGCUAUCUUUCGCCUAGCGACGGAAUACGCCCAGAAGGCGGUCGGAGAGAAGGGCAAAAGUGAUGUAGACGGCCGAGUGGGGGAGAUAAUACGUUGUUUGCCUUCGCAUCUGAUAUACAAAAGCCUGGAUGGGAUAUUCAAGGAGUGGAGGGUUGAGAAGAAGGGUCACUGAAGUCUGGAUAUAUAUUGUACCUUAUUAUUCUUGUGCGCUUGUUCCUCCUUGUCCCUUGAUAUUGUCAAUCCAGAUUGCACUCUCUUUGGUCGAACUCGAGCUCAAAGGUCUGGUUACUCAAUCUAGACUACUGGCCUCCUUAUCCGGAGUACAUGUGUCAUUCCUGCUGACCAUGUAACACUGCAAAAAAAUUCAAAGUACUACUAUAAUACAUAAAAUUAGAGGAUGGUGCAGAG